AUGCUCAGCCAACACGCCGGAAACCGUACCCUUGCUGACGCCGAUCCCGAGGUGCAGGGCCUCAUCCGUCUGGAAAAGAAGCGCCAGCUCAAUGGCAUCGAGCUCAUCGCGUCCGAGAACUUCACAUCGCGGGCUGUGCUGGAGGCGCUCGGUUCGUGCAUGACCAACAAGUACUCGGAGGGCCUUCCGGGCCGCCGCUACUACGGUGGUAACGAAGUGAUCGACCAGGUCGAGAAUCUGUGCAUCAAGCGUGCGCUUGAGGCCUUUCACCUGUCGCCCGAGCAGUGGGGCGUGAACGUGCAGCCCUACUCGGGCAGCCCCGCCAACUUUGCCGCCUACACCGCUCUCUUGAACCCGCACGAUCGCAUCAUGGGCCUCGACCUGCCCUCUGGUGGCCAUUUGACGCACGGAUACCAGACCGACAAGAGGAAGAUCUCCGCCACGUCGAUCUAUUUCGAGUCCAUGCCCUACCAGGUGUCGUACCAGACCGGCCUGAUCGACUACGACAGACUCGAGGAGAACGCCGCUCUCUUCAGACCCAAGAUGAUCAUUGCGGGAGCCAGCGCCUACCCUCGCGAUUGGGACUACAAGCGCCUGCGCCAGAUCGCCAACAAGCACGGAGCCUAUCUGCUGUGCGAUAUGGCGCACAUCAGCGGCAUCGUGGCGGCGCAGGAGUGCAACAGCCCGUUCGAGUACUGCGACGUGGUCACCACCACCACCCACAAGACCCUCCGCGGACCGCGUGCCGGUCUCAUCUUCUUCCGCCGCGGCAAGAACGAGGCCACCGGCGCCGCCUACGACUACGAGGACCGCAUCAACAACGCCGUCUUCCCCGCGCUCCAGGGUGGCCCGCACGAGAACACCAUCGCCGCCGUCGCCGUCGCCCUCAAGGAGGCCGCCGAGCCCGAGUUCAAGACGUACAUCCAGCAGGUGAAGAAGAACGCCAAGGUGCUCGCCGAGACCCUCGUGUCGAAGGGCUACUCUGUCGUCACCGGAGGCACCGACAACCACCUGGUGCUCUGGGACGUGAGGCCGCAGGAGAUGACCGGCAGCAAGCUCGAGAAGCUGUUCGAGCUCGUGUCGAUCUCUGUGAACAAGAACGCCGUGUACGGUGAUGCCAGCGCGCUCUCCCCGGGCGGCGUUCGUCUUGGUGCGCCCGCCAUGACCUCGCGCGGCCUCACCGAGGCUGACUUUGUCCGCGUCGCCGAGCUGCUCCACAAGGGUGCGCAGAUCGCGAUUGCGAUCCAGAACAAGACGGGCAAGCUCCUCAAGAACUACCUGCCCGCCCUCGAGACCAGCGAGGAGGUCAAGGCCCUGAAGGAGGAGGUGGAGGCCUUUGCUUCGACCUUCCCCAUGCCCGGCUACGAGAACCACUAG